AUUCGCUAGCCAGCCAACAACACUGUUUCGCACACAAACUGUCUUCCUAGACGGUCUUGUAGCUAGCUCGAGUGUACACAACGCAGACCACCAACACUGAACUGAUUGUAGCUAAAACAUAGCGUUCGUUCCAACGUACUAGUUAGCUAACGUUUAUAUAGGGAAUAUUCAUAGCUAGUUGGUAGCUAUGAUAGGGAUAUUUCACAUCUGUAGAGUCUAUCGAAGAUGGUUAACUAGCUAACUAAUGUACACUAUGUAGCAAGGUACGGAUGACUAACCAGUUAAGUAGUUAGUUAGCUAAAUCACUACAAAACACGUGUGCACGUUAGCUUGUCAUCAUGAUGUAGCUAACUUACUAGCAAUAUAUUCCAGAGACGGUGAGUUAAGUAGCUAGUUGAGGAACGCAACUCCGUUCUCUUAUAUCGAGGCGGAGUUGAGUUCUGAUGACUGGUCGCGGGACUUGCUAGCAACAUCAUUGAGUCGACAUAAGUUGAUUCUUGUAAAAAUGCCAAUUCUGAAAACGCUUACCUAUAGCUAUGUUUUAUUCCUGUACAACUGCGAUCCUUCCGCGGGGUAAUGAAAUUCAUACUUCUAAAAAUUGUAGCGAAUACAACCGACUUUUUGCUCGUACUAUGUGAACUGAGAUAUAAUUGGGUCAGUGCUAUCACUGGGAUAUGGACUAUCACUGGGAAGGUUACAUUUUAAAUGGUAAGGUUAGGGACGUCCCAAUGAUUCCUGAUAGUACGGACCCAAUUUAACCGCAGUUUACUUGAUACGAGCAUGAAGGGGAAGUCGUUUUGUAUUAGAUAUAUAUUUUUAUUAGAAUUAUGAAUUUUAACACCCCGCGGAUGGACCGGAGUUGUACAGGACCAACAUUCGUACAUGUACGCGUUUUCAGAAUUGACAUUUUUACAAUAAUCGGUUGAUGGUGGUGACUCAAUGUUGUUGCAAGCAAAUCCCGCGACCAGUCACCAAAACUAUUAUAUUGAAUUAUAUUUUAUUUGAGGAGUAGGCCAAAUCAGUAAGCUAGUGUUAGUGAUGAUAUGCUAAAAAAGCUGUGUUGGUGCGUGCAAGAGGAUCGAGUAGGGAAUCAAUCUAGCUCAUAUCAACAUUUACAAUGACAGGCCAGACCAUGGCGUCGGCAUCUGCUAGUGUGGAUUCCAAGGCAGAGCUGACCUCUCUGCUGGAGCAGUGGGAGAGGGAGCAGCAGGCCAGCACACCGGACCUGGUCCACAUCCUGACUAAGAUUUCAGAGCUGGUGGAGAGGGAGACUGAGGAAUAUCACAAAGCUGAUCCGGAUCCUUUUGAAGACAGGCACCCUGGGAGAGCGGAUCCAGAAUGCGUCUUGGGUCAGCUGCUAAAGAUCCUGUUAAAAAAUGAUGACUUCAUGAAUGCUCUCGUUAAUAGCUAUGUGAUGACCAGCAGAGAGCUCACCCUCAACACUGCAGCCUGUCGCCUGCUGCAGAACAUCAUGCCUGGGUUGGAGACUGCUGUGGUCUUUCAGGAGAAGGAGGGCAUAGUGGAGAGGCUUUUUAAAUGGGCCCAGGAGGCAGAGCAGCCACUGAGAAUCUAUGCUACAGGCCUGUUGGCUGGAGCAAUGGAGAACCAGGACAUCGCUGCCAACUACAGGGAGGAGAACUCUGUCGUGGUGCCUCUGAUGCUGCAGCGGCUACGCGAGCUGCAGGCCAAGGACACUGAAAACCGGAAGGGAUUUAAACGGCCCAGUCCCAGGAAGACCCUGGGGGAACCUCUCUUUCCUCUGGAUGAGGAGACGGUCGACGUGGGCUUCGAGGACAACCCCUUCCCCCCGGGGAAUAAAGGCAUUGAGAGGAAUGAGAAGGGAUCAGAUGAGGACCAAGUGGAGAUCCACAGCCACGAGUCUUACAGCGAGAUCUCCUUCCACCUCAACUACCUUAACCACACCCACAAGACCAGCAGCUGCGCUAACUCAGCUGUCAAAGGCCUGAUGAAGCCUGUGUCUGCCCCGCCGCCUCUGUCCAACCGGGACUUCCCCGACGGCAGGGAGGAGGGCAGCACUCACCUCAAGAGGAGAGCAGAGAGGGAGAAUGGACGGAAGGUGAAACAGAAACUGAACUUCUCCCUGCCAGACCCGGAGAGGAACUUCAGCGAGCUGUCCAACAGCAGCUGGUCUGAGAUGAGCCCCUGGGUGAUUGGGAACAACUAUCACCUUUACCCUCUGACCCCAGAGAUGGAGCAGAGGCUCAUCCUACAGUACCUCACCCCUCUGGGAGAGUACCAGGAGCUUCUGGCUGUCUUCAUGCAGAUGGGAGCCUGUGAGCUGCUCAUCCAUUACAUGGACCUGAAGCAGACCAACGAUGUACAGCUCGCCUUUGAGGCUCUCAAGUACCUAGCCUCCCUGCUGCUGCAUAAGAAGUUUGCCGCCCAGUUUGUGGUCCAUGGAGGGGUUCAGAAGCUGCUGGAGAUCCCCAAGCCUUCCAUGGCCGCCACAGGGGUGUCUCUGUGCCUCUACUACUUGGCCUACAACCAGGAUGCCAUGGAGAGGGUGUGUAUGCUGCCCCACUCUAUCCUGUCUGAGGUGGUGAGCUACAGUCUGUGGCUGUUGGAGUGUUCCCACGCCUCGGGCUGCUGCCACGCCACCAUGUUCUUCUCCAUCUCUUUCUCCUUCCGAGCAGUGCUGGAACUCUUCGACAGGCAGGACGGCCUCCGGCGCAUGGUCAACCUGAUCAGCACAUUGGAGAUCCUGAACCCUGAGGACCAGGGGGCCCUGCUGAGUGAUGACCAGAUCUUCUCCAGCAGGCAGACGGCCAAGCACACCUGCAUGGCCCUGCGCAGGUACUCCGAGGCCCAUCUGGCCAUCAAGGUGGAGCAGGUCAAGCAGUCCCUGCAGCGGACUGAAGGGGGUGCUCCCAUUCACCCACAGCCUUACUACAAGGCAUGUAGUUACACCCAUGAGCAGGUGGUGGAGAUGAUGGAGUUCCUGAUUGAGUAUGGCCCAGCCAGGCUGUACUGGGAGCCUGCAGAAGUUUUCCAUAAGCUCUCCUGUGUGCAGCUUCUCCUGCAGCUCAUCUCCAUCGCUUGCGACUGGAGGACCUACUACGGCAGGAGUGACACAGUGCGUUAUGCCCUGGACUUACUGAGCAUCCUGACGGUGGUCCCUAAGACCCAGCUGCUGAUGUCGGAGUCUGUGGCCGUGUUGGAUGGGGAGGGGGGCAACGCCAUCUCCACCGUGGGUAUGGGUGUAGUCCUGGUGGUGGCAGAGGCAGAGGUGUUUGUGAAUGAUGCCGAGAUCCAGAAGUCUGCUCUGCAGGUGGUCAUCAACUGUGUGUGCGCUCCAGAUAAACGCAUGUCUGGCAUCGGCAAGUUCAUCUCUGGCACGCCCCUCAGACGUCUACCCCAGACCACCAAGAACAGCGAGAGCGUGCUCUCCAAGAUGUGGAACGUGGUGCAGUCCAACAACGGCAUCAAGGUACUGCUGUCCCUGCUGACAGUGAAGAUGCCCAUCACAGAUGCGGAUCAGAUUCGGACCCUGGCCUGUAAGGCACUGGUGGGUCUGUCCCGCUCCAGCUCAGUCAGACAGAUUAUCAGCAAGCUGCCUCUCUUCAGCAGUGGACACAUCCAGCAGCUCAUGAAGGAGCCCGUGCUCCAGGACAAAGGCAGCGAACACGUCAAGUUCUGCAAGUUUGCGGCAGAGCUAAUCAAGCGGGUGUCUGGUAAACCCCUCAUGAUCGGGACGGAUGUCUCCCUGGCCUGGCUGCAGAGGGCAAACGUGGUGGCCCAGUCCAGAAUAUCCUUUCCUGAGAAGGAGCUACUGCUGUUGAUCCGGAACCACCUGGUGGUCAAGGGUCUGCAUGACACUGCCACCACACUCACCAAGGAGGCCGACCUCCCCAUGGCCAUCCUCCCCCACCCAUCUUCCUCAGCUUUGCUUCCUGUCGUUGUUCCCCCUGCCUCUCCUGCCCCUGCCCUCCCCCGGACCCCUCGGCUGGCCAAUGGGGUCACAGCACGGUUGGUGAGCCACAGCUCUCAUCCGUCCGUGCCGUUGUCAGUUCACCCCCUGCCUCGUCCCUCGACGUCGCAACUCCUCACGGUACCUCUGGCCGCCCCUCCCCUGUUGAUCCCUCACCAAAGCAACGUCUCUCCCCUGAUUGGACGGAUCGUGUUCAUGCGAGAGCACCCGUCACCGUGCCCCGUGCCUGCCCUCUGUAAGAAGCCGCGGCUGCUGAGGCAGAAGUCAGACUACGGUUCCUUCAGUCAGAGUCCAGCCAUGAAGAAACAGCUGGACAGACACCUACCCUCUCCCCCCGCCCUGGACAGCAUCAUCACAGAGUACCUGAGGGAGCAGCAUUCGCACUGCAAGAACCCCGUCACCACCUGCCCCCCCUUCUCCCUCUUCACCCCCCACCAGUGCCCUGAGCCCAAGCAGAGGCGCCAGGCCCGAACCAACUUCACCUCCCGACACACAGGCAGGGUUGUCUACCCAAAAUACGGAGGGGUGGAUGGCGGCUGCUUUGACCGACACCUCAUCUUUAGCAGGUUCCGACCCAUCUCUGUGUUCAGGGAAGCAGACGAGGAUGAGAGUGGGUUCAUGUGUUGUGCCUUCUCUGCCCGUGAGCGGUUCCUGAUGCUGGGGACGUGUACGGGCCAGCUCAAACUCUACAAUGUGUUCACAGGCCAGGAGGAGGCCAGCUAUAGCUGCCACAACUCUGCCAUCACACACCUAGAGCCAUCACGGGUCAGUGAGGAUGGCUCUCUGUUGUUGACGUCAGCAUCAUGGAGUUAUCCUCUGUCUGCACUGUGGGGCAUGAAGUCAGUGUUCAUCAUGAAGCAUUCCUUUUUAGAUGACCAUUAUGUGGAGUUCAGUAAACUUUCACAAGACCGAGUCAUUGGCACAAAGGAACACAUAGCUCACAUCUAUGACAUCCAGACAGGGCAGAAGACCCUUACCCUCUACUACCCGGACCUGUCCAACAACUACAAGAGGAACUGUGCAACCUUUAACCCCACUGACGACCUGGUGCUGAACGACGGCGUGCUGUGGGAUGUGCGCUCAGCUCAGGCCAUCCACAAGUUUGACAAGUUCAACAUGAACAUCAGUGGAGUGUUCCACCCCAACGGCCUGGAGGUCAUUGUCAACACUGAGAUUUGGGACCUGCGGACCUUCCAUCUGCUCCACACAGUGCCAGCUCUGGAUCAGUGCAGGAUCGUCUUCAACAACAACGGCACGGUCAUCUACGGAGCGACGCUACAGGCAGAUAAUGAGGAUGAUAUAUUGGAAAUGCAGAUGAAGACUCCCUUUGGCUCCUCCUUCAGGACAUUCAACGCCACUGACUACAAACCCAUUGCCACCAUCGCCGUGAAGAGGAAUAUAUUUGACCUCUGCACAGAUACUAAGGACUGCUACCUGGCUGUGAUCGAGAACCAGGACUCGGUCAACACAGACACGGUGUGCAGACUGUACGAGGUGGGACGCCAGAGAUUGGCUGAGGAGGAGGAGGAUGAGGAAGAUCAGGAGGAUGACGAUCAAGAGGAUGACGAUGAUGACGAAGAUGACUCUGACGACGACAUCAACACAGACCCACUGGUUGCCGAGCUGGAAAAUGAUAAUGGAGGAGAGGAAGAGGAAGAUGGGAACAAUGACUUCUCUCCCUCUGACGAUGAAGAGGUAGCUCGUCUGCUUGAGGGGGAUGGUGAAGAUGAUGACGAUGACUCGGAUGAGGAAGAUGGGGACCUUGCCCUGGAUAACAUUAUUUGUAACUUCCGGGGCUCAGUAUGUCAGGCCCUGGUUCUGGAGAUAGGAGAGACUGUGCAGAUCCUGGAGAAGAGUGAAGGCUGGUACAGAGGGUUUUCCACCAAGAAGCCUUCAAUCAAGGGUAUAUUCCCAACCAACUAUGUCCACCUGAAGAAAUCCACAGUCACCAACAGAGGGCUGUGUGAGACGGUGGUGCCUCUGGAAGACCCUAUUAUCACUGAGACCACCUCCACCCUGCAGGAAUGGGGCAUGCUGUGGAAGCAACUCUACGUGAAGCACAAGGUGGACCUGUUCCACAAGCUGCGUCAUGUGAUGAAUGAGCUCUUUGACCUGCGUCGGCAGCUCAUCCAAGGUCACCUGGCCCAGGACCAGACCAGAGAGAUCAAACGCCACAUAACCGUGCGCCUGGACUGGGGCAACGAGCACCUUGGCUUGGACCUUGUUCCUAGAAAGGAGUUUGAAAUGGUGGAUCCGGAUCAUAUCAGUGCAUCUGAACUCUACAAAAUGCAUGCAUCCAGCAGACACUGUGGCCAGCCAAGCACAAACCUGUGUUCGUCGUCCGAUCGUUCUCAGGGCGACAGCGUGCGUCAGCGCCAUGGAGACGGUUGCCGUGUUCCGGUGCAACACCACCUCUUCAUCAACCUGAAGAGUUUCACCUACAACACCAUCAGCGAGGAGGCAGAUGUCUUCUUCUCCCUCUACGACACCCGGGACAACAAACAGAUCAGUGAGAAGUUUAUGGUGAGACUGAACAAAAAUGGAGGGCCAAAGAACCCAGAGAAGGUGGACCGUCUGUGUGCUCUCUUCACGGAUCUGAGCAGUAAAGACCUGAAGAGAGACCUGUACAUUGUAGCACAUGUCAUACGAACUGGUCGUAUGUUGUUGAAUGACUCAAAGAAGGGUCCGCCCCACGUGCAGUACAGGAGACCGUACGGCUGUGCUGCUCUGGCCAUGAGUGACGUGUUCCACACCAUCACUGACCUCAAAGAGGAGAAGGACUUUGUGCUGAAAGUUUACACAUGUAAUAAUGAGAACGAGUGGUUUCAGAUCCACGAGAACAUCAUCCGCAAGUCCAGUACCAAGUACUCAGCUCCUAGCACCAACUAUGGCCUCAUCAUCUCUCUACAGCUGCUGCGGGGGGAGCUGGAUCAGAUCAGGAGGGAGAACCAGGCUGUGUUCAGCAGGUCCCUGGCCAUCAUGCGCAAACUGGGCUUCUCUGAUGUCAUCAUGCCAGGUGACACUCGUAAUGACCUGUAUCUGACCCUGGAGCGUGGGGACUUUGAGAGGGGGGGCAAGAGUGUCCAGAAAAACAUUGAGGUCACCAUCUAUGUGCUUUACGCUGAUGGGGACACACUCAAGGACUGUAUCAGUCUGGGUAGUGGGGAGCCAAACACAAGUGAGCACCGGUCCUUUGUCCUCUACCACAAUAACAGCCCUCGCUGGAGUGAGAUGAUCAAACUACCCAUCCCCAUAGACCGCUUCAGAGGAUCACACCUGCGCUUCGAGUUUAGACACUGCUCCACUAAAGACAAAGGGGAGAAGAAGCUGUUUGGUUUUUCCUUCACUCCUCUGAUGAGAGAGGAUGGGACCACGCUAUCAGACGAGAGCCAUGAGCUCUAUGUCUAUAAGUGUGAUGAGAAUGCGACAUUCAGUAACCAGGGCCUGUACCUGAGCAUGCCCUGCUGUAAGGAGGACUUCAACAGCUGCCUCAACCUGCCCUCUACCCUGCCCUUCCAGAGGAACCCCAAGGAGACCUUCUGGGUCUCCACACAGCUUUGCUCCACCAAGCUCACCCAGAACGUGGACCUCCUGGCCCUACUGAACUGGAAAGCCCACACUGACAGGGUGUUGGACAUCCUGGGCAGACUACGCCACAUCAAUGGAGAGGAGAUUGUCAAGUUCCUACGAGAUGUCCUGGAUACACUGUUUUGUCUCCUGGAUGACAACACAGAUAAAUACGGACCAUUGGUUUUCCAGUCAUUGGUGUUUAUCAUCAACCUUCUCAGGGACAGUCGUUUCUACCACUUCCGGCCUGUUAUGGAGGCCUACAUACAGAACCACUUUGCAGGAGCUCUGGCCUACAAAGAGCUAAUCCGCUGUCUGAAAUGGUACAUGGACCGCUCUGCUGAGGUUGUCAGACAGGAUCACAUCCAAGAGGCCAUGAAGGCUCUGGAGUACCUGUUUAAGUUCAUUGUCCAGUCUCGGAUCCUGUACUCGCGGGCGACCUGUGGUAUGGAGGAGGACCAGUUCAGAGCCAGCAUCCAGGAGCUUUUCCAGUCCAUCCGCUUUGUGUUGAGUCUGGACAGCCGCAGCUCUGAGACCCUCGUCUUCACACAGUUUAGGGGUGUGAUCAACUGCAUGCCUUUCUAUGGUAGUCAUGCUCCAGGGGUCUCUCCUGUCUCAGCGGCGUUGUUGAACAGUUUCCCAGACAUUUUUGAUGAGCUGCUGCAGAUGUUCACAGUGCAGGAGGUGGCUGAGUACGUCCGGGGCACAUUAGGGAGCAUGCCCAGUACGGUGGACAUCGGCCAGUCUAUGGAUGUGGUCAAACUGCAGUCCAUCGCCCGCACCGUCGAGAGCAGGCUCUUCUUCUUCCCUGAGUCUCGAAGUAUCUUGCUGCCGGUGGUCCUGCAUCACAUCCACCUGCACCUGCGCCAGCAGAGGGAGCUGCUGAUCUGCUCAGGAAUCCUCACCAGCAUCUUCUCCAUCAUCAAGACCAGCUCUAUGGAGUCUUCUGUGCAGGAGGAGGUAGAGAUGAUGGUGGAGAGCCUGUUGGAUGUUCUGCUCCAGACUCUGUUGUCCAUCAUGUCCAAGUCUCAGUCUCUGGAGACAGCUAGGGGGCAGCGCUGUCCCCAGUGCACCGCUGAGAUCACGGGGGAGUAUGUGUCCACUCUGCUGUCUCUACUCAGACAGAUGACAGAGAUCCACUUCCACCACCUGCUCAACAACUUCCACAGCAAAGAGGAACUCAAGGAGUUCCUGUUGAAGAUCUUCUGCGUGUUCCGGAACCUGAUGAAGCUCACCAUCUUCCCCCGAGACUGGAGUGUCAUGAGGCUACUGACCAGUCAUGUCAUUGUGGCGACAACACAGUACCUGUCUCCAGCGUUACACAAGAACUUCUCAGAGGCGGAUUUUGACUUCAAGGUGUGGAAUUCCUUCUUCAGCCUGACGGUCCUGUACAUCAACCAGCCCAGUCUGCAGUUGGAGCCCCUGACCCAGGCCAAGAGGAAGAAAGUCCUGGACAAGUAUGGAGAUAUGAGGGUGAUGAUGGCCUAUGAGCUCUUCAGCAUGUGGCAGAAGCUUGGUGAGAAUAAGCCCCACUUUAUCCCUGGAAUGAUGGGUCCAUUCCUGGGAGUGACGCUGGUGCCUCAGAGCGAAGUUCGGAAUAUCAUGAUCCCCAUCUUCCAUGACAUGAUGGACUGGGAGCAGAGGAAGAACGGCAACUUUAAGCUGGUGGAAGCAGAGUUGAUGGACAAGCUGGAGAGUAUGGUGGCUGAUGGGAAAGGGGACGGCAAUCACAGAGAGCUCUUCGGCCUGCUGACCCAGUUGUUUGGGCCUUACCCCAGCCUACUGGAAAAAAUUGAGCAGGAAACAUGGAGAGAGACAGGCAUUUCGUUUGUUACCUCCGUCACGAGACUGAUGGAGCGCUUGCUAGACUACAGGGACUGUAUGAAAGGAGAUGAGAUGGAGAACAAGAAAAUAGGUGGUUCUUCCAACCUCAUGAACUUCUACAAGUCAGAGAUCAACAAGGAGGACAUGUACAUCCGCUACAUCCACAAGCUGUGUGACCUGCACCUGCAUGCAGAGGACUACACAGAGGCAGCAUUUACCUUGCUGCUGUACUGGGAGCUGCUGCACUGGGAGGACCGACCCCUCAGAGAGUUCCUCCACUAUCCCACACAGAGCGAGUGGCAACGCAAAGAGGGCCUCAGCCGCAAAGUGCUCCACUACUUUAACAAGGGAAAGUGUUGGGAAUAUGGAAUAUCACUCUGCCGGGAACUGGCUUUCCAGUAUGAAACCUUAUAUGACUACCAGAGCCUGAGCUGGAUACGGAAAAUGGAGGCUGCGUACUAUGACAACAUCAUAGAACAGCAGAGGAUUGAACCAGAGUUCUUUAGGAUGGGCUUCUAUGGCAGGAAGUUUCCAUUUUUCCUCAGGAAUAAGGAGUUUGUGUGCCGGGGCUAUAACUAUGAACGGCUGGAGGACUUUCAGCAAAGGAUGCUAGGAGAAUUCCCACAUGCCAUUGCCAUGCAGCACCCCAACCAACCAGAUGACGCCCUCCUACAAAGUGAUGUUCAGUACCUGCAGAUCUAUGCGGUUACCCCAGUGUCAGACAUCACUGACGUGCCUCAGCUGGAGCGCGUACCUGAGAGGAUCAAGAGCUUCUACCGCAUCAACAAUGUCACUCGCUUUCACUAUGACAGACCCUUCCACAAGGGACCCAAGGACAGGGAGAAUGAGUUCAGGAGCCUGUGGAUCGAGAGAACCACCCUGAUUCUGUCUCGUCCUCUUCCUGGCAUCUCCCGCUGGGCUGAGGUGGAGAGGAGAGAACUGUUGGAGGUGAGCCCUCUGGAGAAUGCCAUCUACGUGGUGGAGAAUAAGACCCAGGAGCUGCGGACCCUGAUUAGCCAGUACCAGCACAGACAGCACCAAGGCAACAUUAACCCCCUCAGCAUGCUGCUCAACGGGGUCAUAGACGCUGCCGUCAAUGGGGGCAUUGCCAGAUACCAGGAGGCGUUCUUUGAAAAGGACUAUAUGAACAGCCACGCAGAGGACACAGAGAAGAUCACUCAGCUCAAAGACUUGAUGCAGGAACAGGUUCACAUCCUUGGAGUGGGGCUGGCUGUCCAUGAGAAGUUGGUGCACCCAGAAAUGCGUCCCCUGCACAAAAAGCUGAUAGAUCAGUUCCACAUGAUGAGGACUGGUUUACAUCAGUGUUUAUAUGUGGUCCAGCAGGGGUUGCCAGCAGCCUGCACUGGAGUCAACAAUCCCAGAGGCAUCAAGACCACUCACAGCCACAUGAGCCCAGAAAGUGUCCGUCUGAUUCACAGACACAGCCCUAUGAACCUGCAGGGUUCUAUCCGUCAGUUGUCCUCCUCCCUCUCUUCUCACACCUCCUGCGAGGCGGGAGGAAACCUGGUCAUCCUGACAGACGGCCUAUUGGGAGAGCACCCUGAGGACACGGCUCACAUGGAGCCAAGCCCCUCCUCCUCCAGUCUGAGCUCCAUUCGGUCCACCUCCUCCCAGGUUAUUAACUCUGCCCCAUCUAGUGCCAGAGGCUCUCCGUCCCUGCCGGAUAAAGCCAAACCCAACCGGGAGGUGAUGAUGCUGCUGCCGCCUCACCAGAGAGUCAACAACACCAUGUACUACACCAUGACUGAGAACGGACAGAGCAACCAUCUGCAGCGUGCCUUACUCCAGCAAGUGAACCCCUGUAAGCCGUGCGUUGACCCUCCCAUGAGCUUGCCAGAGAAAGUGUUCCCUAGUGCCCCGAGCAGCUGGAGUCUAGAUGGCGAGGGCAGGGAGACAGUGCCCUAUAUCCAGGGACCUACAGGGGGCAUCAUCAUGCCCCCCGUCCCACCCAGGUCCUUCCCACCAGGUCACUUCCUGAUGCACUUUGAUGCGUUCCACCACCAGAACAGUGACCCGCCCCCGGCACUGCCUGUUCGCUCUCUCAGAAAGUCUCCUCUCCACCCCAUACCCGGCUCACCCACUAGUCCUCAGUCAGCCCUGGGGGGCAGUAAUUCCACCCUCUCGGGCAGCGCCAGCAGCGGGGUCUCCUCUCUGAGUGAGAGUAACUUUGGGGCCCAGUACCCCGAUGCCCAAACUGUGCGAAAUGACGCCAUGGAGCCCUUACCCAGCCACCUGUGGACCCCUGAUGAGUACCUGGCAUCUCCCUAUCUGCACAUCCACUACAGUGGGCCAGAACCAGAGUCCCUCGACCAUGUCCGACCCUUUCACUACCGUAACCCUGUCUCACACCUCCCCCACUCCCAAACUCACUCCCACCCCCACUCUCACCACCAACCGGUCGGCCUUGAUGGCCACCCUCAUCCCCACGGGCCCACCCACCACCAGAUACCCAUCCACGGCCCACACCACAUUCCUUACCGGCGCCCUCAGCCCCCAGCUGUGCCCCCCAAGCCCUACCUGAGGGAAGGGUGCAUCCCUGAGGAGGACCUGAGCUCCUUGGUGCCCCAGCCCAUCCCCCUUCCUCGGAGGAUCUUCCACUCCCCCCACAGCCACAGAGAGGAGCUAGCCAAGGCUGCCUGGGAGCAGUGCAUCAGCGAGGAGCAUGAGGAGACACCAUGAGGAGACUACAGGGCUGGGCCUCUUGGAGAUUUUACUCACCUCGGUGCAUCUUACUAGUCUAAAGUGGCUCCCUUCCCAUUGUCUCCUUGCCUUCAUCUGUAUUGAUGUGAAAGAACAUGGGCUGUUGAAUCAUGCAAAUACAUUGUAGGCAUUAACAAUAUUGCUUUCAUCCAUCCCAUGUUUUUUAUAUCAGAGCAGAUGAAGGGGAGAGGAAGCCACUUUAGACUAUUGAGUUGCACCCUCACUCUCCUCAGUGUAUUCAGUCUGAUUCUGAAUGGAUGAAGCAGCAUCAUAGGAAUUAAUAAGGGAAUAUUAUCUGUUGGACAAUAUGACCGAUAAUGACUUUGUUUAAAUUGAUAUUGACUGUACACUGUUGUACAACUAGUCUGUGAGCAUGUUUAGUUUAUUUUCAUUUGAGAACAGUAUACAGCCGUUUUGUGAAACAUGACGAUCCUCAUCAAAAUGAUCAACACAUACGAGCCCCAAAUAGAAUCCCCCUCCCUUUUCCACAACGAAAGGCAACUACAGAAAGUUAUACUCUUAGUAAAGUCAUGAUGACUUUUCUGCUUUUAAUGCUCCAUAUAUCUAUUAUUUUGAUACACUUGCUACAGUAUGUAUGGGGUUUUCAAAUAGACUUUUCCAUCCUCUGUUUUACAAAACGCUGUAUAGUGCUUCACCAUAUGACAUUCUCCAAUCUUCUGUUCUAUUCUGCUACCUGCUUCUCAUUGAAAGCAGGUCUGUUAUUUGGACCUGGGUCACUCUUCUUGACCAAAGCCUCUAGGGACAUAUAAACCUCAGUUUAGGAUUAUCCCUCCAUACAGUACGUAUGGAAAACAAUGUGAAUGUAUUCAAACAAGAUGUGCUGUUUGUAUUACGCAAGUGGCAGGUCUUCUUUUCUGUUCAAGUGAAGUUGUCUUUAUUACAGUCUUCUUGUCUUUUGUGUAACAGACCGAAAUAUCUCAUGAGAGGAGCGUGAAUGUUACCCAGACUAAAAGAGCUGAUAAAUCCUUGGGAGGGCUACAAGGAAGGGGUGGAAUUGUCAGGUGCCACAGAGCGCUCUGGAACAACAGUGAGUUCCCAAUGUCAGUUUGAGUUGAGUUGGACUCAAUAAUACUGGAUUGUUCCUUGAAAGAAGAUAGUGAUGGAGAAAAUAACCAUGGUGAAAACAUCCUUAACACUCAACUAGGAGUAAGAUGAGAAGUAGCGAAGAAUAAUGGCUCAACAGUACCUCAACCACCUAUUGGACUAUCUAUACUCAUAAAAACAAUUAUCACACCCUAUCUCUGCCUCUAUAUGUUUCAAGACAAUGACAAUUAACAAGUAAUACAUAUGUGUGUGUGUAAAAGGACUAAUGGCAAUGACAUUGCUCCUGUCUGUUACCUGUUCUACUCACCUUCACCCCAUCUGCCCACCGAAUGGCAAAUCCAAACUCCCUCAAACAGUGUUCUAAACAACUACCUGCCUUAAGUGCACUGAAAUGCAGUAUCAGUCUCUCAUUCCGACACCUCACUUGACUGUUUCUGUGAAGCUCAUGAAAUGACAGCUCUCUUUUUUCAUCACGUUCUCUACGCUUCCCGAACAAACCUCAUGAUAUCUAUGUGUGACAUCUGUUUUGUCCUGCCUUGGUUGAAGAUUGUUGUUUGGUUUGUAGCGCUACAGUAUACUUAGUUUUGCCUGCAGUUUCUCUUCACUCUGAUCUGCAAUAGAGAGAUGUUUGUGUGUACAGAGGAUGAGUAUGAGAAGCUCAGACAGGACCAUGAGGUUGAUCUCCUUGGGCAAUGAAAGUACAACAGACAGUGUUUGCUGAGAUGUAAUGUAUAACCAACCAGUGGGUUGGAAGGUGGAGGUUACUGUUAAAAAAUACAGGUCUUUGUUUCCCCAAGUAGUUUUUUGCAGGUGAAUGCUUUGCUUUGUGUUCUUGCACAUUAGGUUGUCCACUGAUCAGACAACAUCUAUUUUUGUAUGCAGGUACAUCAGUUGUGAGGACAUAUUUCACUGAUGUAUCAUGGAAGGAUGCAGGGUAUGUUUUGCAGACUGUGGAGUUAGUAUGGAAGAACAGAACUAUGGAUCAAAUAUAGGAUGAAAGUCAGAUGUAUGGGGAAGCUGAUGUUUGUGUGAAGAGGAGCGAUACUCAGAUCAAAUAUAGGUACAAUAGAAUUUUUCAAUGUAAAUUCUGUUACUGUACAUACAGCGGUAUUGUGAAAUAUUUUUGAAAAUUAUUGCAGACCCCCCCCCCCUAAAAUAAUUUUAUUGUUGUUUUGUGUAAAUACAUGUACUCCAGAAAUUGACGUAAUUGAUGAAUAUCUAUAAUCAAUGUUUAAAGAAGACAAAAACAUUAGACUGUGGCUGUCUGCAUUGUUCUUGACUUCAAGUCUUCAAAUAUAAAUACUUUAUACACUUUUCAAUGUGCUUUCUUGUACAGAUGGUGUUAGCAUGAUCAAACAGUGUUUGGUUGUAAAGGUGGUUUUCCUACUCCCAUAACUGCUGUGGUAUGGAUUCAUUAACAAUGCCAAACAUUAAAGACAAUCUUUUAUCA